CCCAGCUCGUCAUGAGUCUGUAGUCUCCUCCCGGUGGAUCCCUGCAUGUACACACACCAGUUAGCUACAGCCGAGUCGACCUGAAGGUUUCGAUGGUGUUGGCUUGAUGGGAUCCGAGGGGGGCGACAGAGUGAUGGUCUAAGGACUGGAGGUCGUCGAGGUGCUUGGCGUGGAAUGUUGCGCUGGUCGGUGCACCUAGAAGGAGGGCCGCGGAGAGUCAACCAUGCUGCUGUGGCGGUGGGUCACAAGGUGUACUCCUUUGGAGGAUACUGCUCCGGGGAGGACUACGAGACGCUGCGACAGAUCGAUGUGCAUGUCUUCAACACAGUGUCUCUGCGCUGGAUGAAGCUCCCUCCGGUGAGGAUGGGAGGACAUGAACGCGCCCGUGAAGUGCCGUAUAUGCGUUAUGGCCACACAGCUGUGCUGCUGGAUGAUAUUAUCUACCUCUGGGGUGGCCGUAAUGACACAGAAGGGGCCUGCAAUGUGCUCUAUGCCUUUGAUAUCAACACCCACAGAUGGUUCACGCCCAAGAUUUCGGGGACAGUCCCAGGGGCGAGGGAUGGACACUCGGCCUGCGUCCUGGGGAAAUCGAUGUAUAUAUUUGGAGGAUACGAGCAGCUGGCUGACUGCUUCUCCAAUGACAUCCACAAGCUGGACACCACCACCAUGGUUUGGUCAUUAAUUAAUGCCAGGGGCAACCCUGCACGCUGGAGAGACUUUCACUCAGCCACCAUCAUUGGUACAAAGAUGUUCGUGUUCGGAGGGCGAGCAGACCGCUUCGGUCCCUUCCACUCCAACAACGAGAUCUACUGCAACAAGAUCAAAGUGUUUGACACAGAGACCAACUGCUGGCUGAGCACACCGUCGGUACAGCCACUGCCCGAGGGACGCAGGAGUCAUUCAGCAUUUUGCUACAAUGGAGAGCUGUACAUAUUUGGAGGAUACAACGCCCGUCUAGACAUGCACUUCAACGACCUCUGGAAGUUCAACCCAGAAGCCUUCUCCUGGAAUAAAGUGGAGCCCAAGGGGAAAGGCCCGUGUCCUCGGAGACGGCAGUGCUGUUGUAUGGUUGGCGAUCGAAUCAUCCUCUUUGGAGGGACGAGCCCGUGUCCAGAGCAAGGAAUGGGUGAUGAAUUCAACCUCAUGGACCAUUCAGACCUGUAUAUCUUAGACUUCAGCCCUAAUUUGAAGACGUUAUGCAAAAUAGCCGUUAUUCAAUACAGACUGGAGCAGUCCGGACUUCCACAUGACAUCAGGUGGGAGCUGGCCGCCAUGACGACGAACAGCAACAUCAGCCGGCCCAUCUUCUCCUCUCACGGCUGACGCUGCGACUCCUCGCUGCGAUCCAGGACAUCACGAUCUCUUAAUAACUCCAGACAACUGUUUUCAUCCAGUUUGGAUCUGUUUGGGAUUUAUUCUCCACAUUCUUCAUUCUGACCAAAAUAUCCCGCGUGGGACUUCGUCAGACACCAAGAGCUUUCUCGGAUAUUUUAACCCUUGAGACGCGGGUCGUGUGAGACCACAAUCACCUUUUUUCUCUUUUUUUCUAGCCUCUCUAGGAAUCCAAUCAGCCUAUGAUAAUCAUAGACUUCUAAUCUUAAGCACAGGAAGAGACUCGGACUUCAGCCAAAGGUUUUUGAGAGCUAACCUCUUCGUUCAUGAUGUCACACUCUACAGACCACCCCUAAAGGACUAAUGUGAAUCUGGAGACUGAGAUGUUUGUGAGUUUGAGAAUCCUGCAGCAUUUAAACGGACAUGAAACGUGAGAACAGCCGUGUCCAUCAGCAGAGGGUGUAGUUUCUUUUGCAGUUUAUGAAGUGGACGAGGCUAACUUUGGAUUUUGGCGUUUAAACCAAACAGAAGGAGUGUGGGUGCCAUGCUUAGAUCAGCUUUCAGUGCUAACCUUGGUCAUCAUAACUUUGUUAACAUCCCGAUGCUGUAACAUGCCUCGAAGGCCGGACUCAGACUACACAAUAGGCUGGUUUUACCUGAUGCAGUCCUUCCAACAACUAGGGGGUUUAUUUCAGGUUUUUGGCUGUUUGCCGAUGAUGCUAGGUCACAGCAAAGACACUCAGAUAGGGAGAAAUAGUGGUGUUAGACAUAAUAAUGCACUGCAGAGAGCAGUUUGCUGCCAAAACAUCUCAGUUUAAUCAACAUUUAUUUCUCUGGAGAGCCGUAAUAUUAAGCUAAACUACCAAGCAUCAUUAAGACAAGGAUUAACACUAACACUGACCUUCACGUCUUACUUAGUCUACUUUGGAGUUUGUGAAGCCUGACAGUGGAACAGUGGCGGUAUUUAGGGGCCGUGCUCGGCAAGAUUUGACCAUCUAUAGGGGCCGAUGAGGGCCAAACGUCACCGCUGAAUUUUUGUCCCAGUCUAGCCAUAGCUAUAGGUUAUUAGAAGGAUAUCAGUCUUUCAAAAUAAUAGCUUAACAAUUAAAAAAUGUCCCUCAGAUCAAAAUGAAUUGUGAUAAAUAACCGUAAUCUAAAUAUCGAUAGAAAUAAUCAUUUUGGCCAAAUUCCUGCAGCCCUAGUUGAAGUUACAUUGAACACAUAAAGAGGGGAUUUUUACCUCACCUAACAGCCAUUUUACCAGGUGAACCUUAAACACAUCAUACUUUAAUGUUUUGGCACCUUGCUUAGUCAGCUGAGUGGCAUUUAUCCUGCUUGAGCACGGAUUUAAUGGCAGCUGUGAGCCGAGGAGGAUGACUGACCUGCAGCAGCAGCAGCAGCAGGGUUGAUGGCGAUGGUUUGAAGGUGACUGUUAAAGGAUUUAUUUUGGUUAAAUUUGAGUUACUACUCAAAUGUGGCUGGUAUUUCUUGACUUGUUGAACCUUUAGCCUGUUAGACAAUCGUUUGUGCACCACUGAUUGGAUUUAAAAAAUUUCCCUUCACUUUAGAGAAGACAUCUCUAUGCAGACUUGAUAGCAGAUGUUGAGUUUUGGAUCUUGGAUAAGGGGGAACCAGGUCCUUAUGGACCCAGGAUUUGAUCUCCAUCCCUAGUUUUGAUGCCAUGAUAAUAAAAUCAAAGCCUUCUGCACCCAAUUCAGGGUCAUUUCUACACUUCAGAUAUGAAAAGUUGCAGCUGAACUCCUACAUGUGGAAAUAUUUCUGAAGUUUUUGUUCAUUUAGAUCAGUGAUACUCAACGUGUGGCUCUAUUGUGAUGAUUUGUGGCUCUUUAAUGUCUUCAUUUGAAAUUUUAUUCCCCCAGAAAAUCUUAGAAAAGGAAAAGAGAAAUUAAAUUUUGACCUCAGAAAUUGUUCGUUGCAAGCUACAUUAAGCAGUUUGUUUCCCUUGCUUAUACAGUUGGCUUUAAUUGUCAACUUGUCAAAUUUGUCUGUAUAUUUCCACUGCCCUUACUUGUCAUUUAUGCCCAGAUUUCAUCCAAUUCACCCAAAUUUUGCCCCUGUUUGCCCUUUUUUUGCCACUUUUUCUUCCCCAUUUUUGUCACUUUAUACCCAGUAUUUGGCAUUUAUGCUGAUAUUGCCCCUUUCACUCUUUUUUUUUGCUGCCUUUUGACCAUUUUGCCCCCUUUAACUUAUUUUUAUUGCCACUUUAACCCAUUUUUGCCACUUUUCACCACUUAGAUUGUGGCUCUUGCGAAGGUUAUUUUCAACAGUUUGGCUCUUUGGUUGAGCAGGGUUGAAUAACACUGGUUCAGAUGGUGUACAGCAGUUUGCUUUCAGAUUUCAGAGGAUUCAUUCCUCUCCCUUCCACCUGUCUUACUGAAUAUUGAAAUUCUUAAAGUUUUGGCACCUUUUGAUUCCAUUCAGAGAUGUUAGAGUUUUAAAAAGUGAGUUAGCAGAAGUGCUAAAGUUUUGACAACAUUCAGCCAUCGAACCACGAUUCAAAUUUCUGAAAGUACAGCUCUGAGACUUUGGCUCAGUCCCAUUUCUAACUUUUACCCCUACCCCUUGAUUCCCACUGCUUCCUUGCCCCUCAAAACAGAGUUUCAGGGGCUGAUAGUGAAAUCUCCUACAAAAUGAGGCAACCUUUCGAGCUCCUGAUAGGUCAUCAGUAGUCAUUGACAGCAUUCGUGCAAACCGAUUGCAACAGAAACCCUGCCAGGGAUUCACAAGGUACUCUGUUAGGCUUGGAAGAUCUGCAUUUAAAGGAUCAUGUAGACCUGGUACUUCACCCUACCCCUCCAUUCCAGGAAGAAUCAGGACACCCUACCCCUAGAAGCAAACAUGCAAAACAUAGCAUUCAUACUAAAUGGAAGGGGAAAGGGGUGAACUGGGGCUGAGCCUUUGUUUUUCAGCAUUAUCUCCGUUCUUAAGUGUCUUGUUUGAUUGUUAACAGAGGCAGCUACAAAAAAGGAAGUCUUGUUUUGAACUGCUGGACACAGCCGAAGCCCUAAAAGUGGGCUAUUCCUCCAGGAGAAUGUGUCUUUGUCAGACAAAAGCUGAUGCAUGAUGAGGCAUAAAUAUUUCCUUUGAAUGCUCGCAUGUUUGAAAUUAGAAGAGUAUCUCUGACGUGUGUAACACGUCUGAUAUUCUCAUGUUAAAGCUGCUGUAGUCUGAGUCCGGCCUGCGUUCAUCAUGAAGCGACUGAAGUGAGCAGCCUUGUCACAUGAUCCAGUCCAUCUACCUCCCUACACAGCUUUAGAUUCAUUCACACCUCCUGACCCCCUCAGCAUGGAGAGUUUGUCUCUGUGUUAGUCGUAGUAUUACCGGAGGAGUUCGACGCCCCCGUCACCCUCCCCUCCCCUCUCUCACCCUGCGCUUUGAUUUUAGUGCCAAACGUGAAGGGGAAUCGUGCUGCAGAUAUAUACUGUGUAUGUGAGUGAGCACGUGAUCCCGUUCUGUUUGUAUUCCUCGCCCACAUGCUUCGGGUUGCUGUGGGCAAUCGUCACUAAUAUGCAUAACAGUCGCUCUUCUUCUAGACAAUCGAACAGCGUGACCUGCUUUCUCUCAAACCAGCCAGGUGUGUGUGCAGCAGAGACACACCUGGGCAGAUGUUUUAACACUAAGGGCUGAAUUUAGAUCUCUCACUCCACACAGCUUGAGGAAAGCUCCAGUCACAGAUGUUUAUUCAGGUUUUAUUUUACAAAUGUAAAUGUAGAACAAAUUCAAAACACAAAAGUGGUUUGUUUUCUAACCCUUAUUUCCAUCUGCCUUCUUUCAGACAUAAUGUUGGUGAUUUUUUUGUGUUUUUUAUAGAAGUCAACAAUCCCCUAAGGCUGAUUCAAACAGGAGAUGAUUUACAAAUGUGAGCCGAUUUUAAAAAUAUUGGAGACAGAAGGACGAUUUAAAAUUCAUGAUCCUCCAAAAACAAACGCUAGACAGUUCAGCCAGACCCCAUGGAAACUCACAUAAGCAAACGUGACUUCAGUGAAAAUAAACAAACAUGGAGGACGGCGGAAAUCCUUUAUUGCAUAAAAGCAUAAAAUGAGGGAACGUGUGCGGUUGAAAUCCUGGAGAUUGAAGUAGAGUUGUGUUUAUGUUAUGCCCGGUCUGCUGGCUCUCAUUGGUUGUUUUAAGUAAUCCUCUUACUCCACCUAUUUAAGGAUAUUUGGAUAAAUAAUGAGUUGCAACAAGUCUCAGAUCAGGUCACAUCCCCAGGAUCAUUUGAGGGUUGGGGGAACAGUUCUGGCCUGAAAUUGGCUGAUCGAUCGGAGAGUUUUAUGGUAGCCAAAGCUAGCGAAAUAUAUACAAUCAUUAUAAAUUAUUUGUUUUUAAUUGCACUAGUAUUCCAUGGGUCAGGAAAAACACAAUUUUCAACAUCAGAGUUAUACCUGCAAGAAAAAAUUACUGCAAAAAACUCAAAUCAAUGCGAGGUGGAUUUGUCUUUUUCUAUUAAUGCCAAUUUCUCUUUACCCGUAAUCUGACUCACAGUUACAUGACAAGUCCAGAUGAACAUCUUAUUUCAAGAUAUAGAAAUGUAAAAAAUUAGGCCUGAGUUGCUUGUAAGAGUUAAAGAGAAAUCUGUCAAUAGUGUGAACAGUUUUUUUUUUGGUCUUAUAGUAAGUUAUAACAUUUUUAGAACGUGUAUGUCUUUCAAGACACUCAAGUAAAAGCUGCUUUUCCAAGUGGCACAUCUCUCUAAUUAUUUAACUAUAACUAAUACAGGCCUUAGUUUAGAUUUAGUUUAGAAAGUGCAGUGUGUAAAGUUCCACCACCAGGGGGCUCUCAGCCAAAACAAUAACAGUAUGAUGAGUAAGGACCAGCGCUGCCCAGCUACGUCCAUCUCUGCUGUUUACUUGUUAUGGAUGGAGGACUCUGUCCAAUAAAAAUGUCCCCUCAUAUUUACUAAACAAAACAGACGUUAUGGCUACGUUCACACUGCAGGCCUUAAUGCUCUGAUCUUUUCUCAGAUCUGAUGUUUUUGCUUGCCUGUUCACACUGCAGUCAAGUCAGAUCUGUAUCUGAUUUAGAACUACAUCCAAAA